UAGCAAAACAAUAUGCGAGUCUUCUGGUAUCAGAGUACCUACUCUGAUGUACAUAUUUUGCGGUACACAAGCACGAGAUCGCUUCGGCAGCCAAUCAUAUUAUGCUCUUCUUCAAACCCGCCAUAGCCCCUUCUUUCUGCAGGGUUCUGUCUUUUUCGUGCGUUCUUAGUCCAAUCACGGAAUGGAUUUGGUCCUGGGGUAAUAUUAUCGAAUUUCCGAUGGAAGGUAAAGCCCCAAGCCACAGAGGUGCCAGUUCACUGCCACGCAUCUGCUAUGAUAUCACUCAUCAUUUUUCGACCUGUGCGAUGCCAGCCGAGUCACCCAUAUCGAAGGUGCUCUGGUGAAUUUGCAUGACAUCUUGGCCGGUGAUGCUCGUCCAUGGGGUCGGUAGGGUCUCGCUCUCUGCGAACAGUGACUGCCCCGAAUCGUCUUUCACCAUGAGCUGGGU